ACUAACCCAGGUGCAAACAAAGCGUCACUGCGAGUAUUUAAACCUCCGCGCUACGUGCUGCAUCUGUUGAGCGUGAUCAGAACACUCAAUAUGACAACCCACCAAGCCAGAAACAUGGCCUCUGUUCCGGUACAGUUCCGGUGCUGCAUCUGUCUGGACACCUACACCGAGCCCGUCUCCAUCCCAUGUGGACACAACUUCUGCCUGGACUGCAUCGAAGGCUUCUGGGAUACGAAGGACAAGUCGGAGUGUCCGCUGUGCAAAGAGACUUUCGGGACACGGCCAGAACUCCGGAUCAACCGAGGAUUUGCUGAUAUCGUUGAAUUCUUUAAAAGGUCUCAGUCGGCCUCUCCAAACCAAGAGGAGGAUGUCGACGUUGAGAGCAACACAGACACCCCAAACCAACCUUUGGAGGCUGAAGAAGUUCUCUGUGACGUCUGCCACGGAAACAAGUCCACAUCGGUCAAGUCCUGCCUCAUGUGCCAGGCGUCCUACUGUGAACUUCACCUGGCGCCACACGUGAGGGAUCCCGCUCUGCAGAGGCACCGGCUGACGGAUCCGGCCACCUUCCCCAAUAGCCACCUCUGCAGAAACCACAACAAGCCGCUGACGAUGUUCUGCAAGAAAGACCAGAUGCCUGUUUGCGUGAGAUGCACGGAGAGGGAUCACAAACACCACGAGACCGUCUGCACGGAGAAGGAGAGCAAGAGGGUCAAGGGUCGUUUGAGGGAGACAAAGGCUAACAUUCAAGAGAUGAUCCACGCCAGACUGAGAAAAAUGGAGCUGAUAAAAAAAUCAGUGGAUCUAAGCAAAAAAAUCACAGAGAGAGAGAUCCAGAGCAGCGCUCAGGUCUGCACCAUGCUGAUAACCGCCAUCGAGAGACAACAGGCGAGGCUGGUCGAGGAGCUCGGCGGGAGGCAGGACGAAGCCGAGCGGACGGCAGAGGAGCUGCUUGCCGAGCUGCAGCAGGAGAUCAACGACCUGCAGACGAGGAGCAGCGAGCUGCAGCGCCUGGAGCUCCCUCAGAGCCCUCUUCACCUGCUACAGAGUUUCCUGUCUCUGAGUAAACUCCCGCCCUGUAAAGAGUGGUCUGAGGUGGCGGUCCACUCAGAUAACUGCAUGGGGACGGUGAGGAGGGCCGUCUCUAAGCUGGUGGACGUCUGCCAGGACCUUGCGGACCAGCUGUCCGCAGAGGAAGCAGACAAGAUGAAUCAAUAUGCAGUCGAUGUCACUCUGGAUCCCGAGACUGCUUCAGGCUGGCUGGUCCUGUCUCCAGACAGGAAGAAGGUGAGCCUCAGCAGCCAGAAGAGGAAGGCCCCACUCCCAGACAAUCCUCAGCGGUUUGACUUCUGCGUCUGUGUUCUGGGGCAGCAAAGCUUCACCUCCGGGAGACGCUACUGGGUGGUUCAGGUUGGAGAAAAAACCGACUGGGAUCUUGGCGUGGCCAGGAAGUCCAUCAACAGGAAGGGGGCCAUCACGGUGCGUCCCGACAGCGGCUACUGGGCGAUCUGCCGGCGGAAAGGGGGCAGCCUGAGCGCCUGCGCCAGCCCCUCCGUCACCCUCCACCUGCAGGAAAUCCCCCAGAAAGUCGGCGUCUUCGUGGACUACGAAGAAGGGUUGGUGUCCUUCUACAACGUGGACGCAAAGACUCACAUUUACACUUACAGCGGGUGCGCCUUCGCUGAGCCCCUCCACCCGUACUUCAACCCCUGCGUGCAGGAUAACGGGAGGAACGCCACCCCGCUGAUCAUCUGCCCUGUCGAGGGAAGGGUCAGGGAAGAACAGAGCAUUGCCAUUGAGUCAGAUGUGUGAUGUGUCAUGAGAAAGGAUGAUCUAAACAGAUAUUUUAGCUCUUUUGUUCAGAUCGGAAUCAUUUUUGAACCUGUUUUGGUUUAUUUGCUUUCUUAUUGCACUGCAACAGUUGACCAACACUGGCUUGCAACAAGCUCAAAAUUCAUGAGUUAUUCCUGUUAUUAAAACAUGACACACACUCUUUAACUGUCUAAAAGGUGGCGGCAAGGCUUUGCCUGUUUCUCACAACAUGAAUUGUUUCCUUUCUUUCAUUAAUCUUCACAAACUGAUACCAGACUCGGUGUAUAUAAAUGUAUAUAAAACGUGUUGUUUAAGGCACUGCCAAACUUUAUUCCAUCGCCCAAACAGGCUGAAUGUAUAAACUGAGAUACAAAAUUGUGAAACUGAAAAUAAAAAAACAGGUUUUGACACAUAAAAAAACUGAAGUUGUGUAAUUUUCUAAAUAGAAAUUAAAGUGCUGUCACUUUUAGUAGGAUACGUAUGUUUCAGGAUGAACAUGCACAAACUGGGCUUCAUGGUCAUGAGGCUCCAGUAUUUCUUGUGUGAGGCUUGAGGCAGUGACGCUGACUUACAUAACACAAACUCUUUCUCGUCAUUCAACACCACACCUUUGCGGUGUACCGAUGAACAACCAAACAAUUAAAACCAUGCACACCUCUGAAGAAUGCUCCUUUUCACCUGUCCUCUGCGAAGUAUGUGCACAUUUUUCCUUUUUUUGUUGAAUAAAAUGUGUUUCUCAGCUCAGA